AUGACCACAUCCCCUCUCGCCCAGACGAUGCCUACGAGCCCUCUACCCACGGCCUCUUCUUCUACGGCCAGUAACGGAACCGUUAUCGUUUUCCCGCCUGUGAUCGUUGGUGGCGGCGGCGGCGGCGGUGGUGGUGGAGUUGUUCCAACAAUACCGCCAGGUCCUCCAGGUGGUGGCGGAAGAGGUGGUGGUGGCGGAGGUGGUGUUGUCCCAACCAUACCUCCAGGUCCUCCAGGUGGUGGCGGUGGUGGAGGUGGAGGUGGAGGUGGUGACCCGACACGCGGUCCCCCUCCUCCCCUGACAGGUCCCCCUCCUCCCCCGACAGGUCCCCCUCCUUCCCCGACAGGCCCUUCCCCGACGACAGGUCCUUCACCGAUGGCACCGCCUCCAGGCAGCAACGAUCCCACAAUGGCUCCCCAAUCUACCACUGCUUCUCCGUCAUGUGAGCCAGUUGCCACUGAGCCCAGUACAACUGAUACCUCGACAUCGACCUCGACCUCGACCUCUACCUCUACCACCACUACGCAGGCGCCCGUAUGCACUGGUCUUACGGAUUUCUCUAGGUUGUUGGUAGAGGUCAACGGUGAGCAAUACUACGUUCCCUCGACCAUUAAAGCUAAUUCGCUUUACCUUAUCCUCGAUGAUGCCGCGGGCACUGAGCUCACAAUCGAUUCAAUUAUGGUUAAGGUUGGCGAUUCCGCGUUCAACGUCCCGAAGGCACUGCCCGCUUCACCUUCUGUUGUUUCUCAGGGAGGAAAUACGGUCACCUUCCUGCCGAGGCCAUUGCCCACACCUGUGCUCAAGGACGGGGACGCAGGUAGCACUUACGGCAAACAAGUUGCCGAAGACUAUAUCAGCUUCAGCAAAGAAAUGGCUGACCCAAUCGCCAAACUGCUCUCUGCCACAUUCAACUUCUUCGCCCGAUACGACGCAAAUGGCAACGACACGACAGUUUUAGGCUCCGACGACGUCGCUUUGGAACUCCUGCAGGUGACCGGUGGGAACGUGUCAUCGAGUUUCGCCGAUGCUCGUCAAGAGGCCUGGGAGGGUUUCCUACUGCAAGUGCUGAACCUUGACGAACCCGAGGAUGAUGAUAACCCCGAUGACGACACUGAUGGCGAUGAAAAUGGCGGCGAUUCUUGCGACGCCCAGGGCGGCCUUGAUCUUCCACCACCCCCGCCCGACACGACUCCUCCGGCCCCCGGGGCGGCGGAGUAUAUCAACUCGACUUAUGCCGACCUGCCGGGCAUCCAGAACCUUUGCGAGCGGGCCCCGUGGAGAAAUGAAAACCUGAUGAACAUCGCCCGGUUUCUAUCGCGACCCAACAGGGCUGCUUCCUCUGCACUGAUCGCACAUCUCCAGAAACACAGAGGUGAUUACAUGAACAAUAUGAUCUAG